CAUUCUCCCCCAACACACACACACGCACACAGUGGCGGAGCGCGCACUGCGCGUCUUCAUCACUUGAAUGAAACGAUUGAAAGUUUUGGAUCGCAGUGUUUUGUCACGGACACAACUUAAAUGUGGGACUUCGUCAAACACGGAGAAAAGGCGUGAAUAAUGACUUCUACAAAUCGUCGGACCGAUCAAAGCGCGAAUUAUUCCGUGAAAUGACUCCGCGCUCUUCAGCAAAGUGAUUCAAGUAAAAAGAUUGGAGCAGCUGCUCGUCGUGUGGUGAGAAGAUGUAUCCGAGUGUGUUGUUGGUUCUGCUGGCGCUGACACUCCAGAUGCCUGAGGGCCAAAGCUGUCCCAGAAGUUGUAACUGCUACCAGACAAGCGAAGUCCACUGCACUUUCCGUUCUCUGAUUGCCAUUCCUCAUGGUUUACCUGCACACACACGGCGCAUCAACUUGGGUUUCAACAGCAUCAACAACAUCAGAAACAACUCCCUGGUCGGACUGAGGAAGCUGGAGCUCCUGAUGCUCCACAGCAACGAUCUCCAUCACCUCCCUGAGGGUCUGUUCCAAGACUUGAAGUCCCUGCAGAUACUGAAGUUGAGCUACAACAAGCUGCGUGAGAUCUCAUCCUCCCUCACCUUCGCCGGCCUGCCGUCACUGCUGCGGCUCUACUUAGACCACAAUUUCCUUCAGCACAUCCACCCUCGGGCCCUGCUGCAGCUGCCCAGUCUGAGGUUGCUGCGUCUGCAAGGGAACCGACUCCAUCAGCUGCACCCUCACGCUCUGUGCACGCUGUCCCUGCUGAACACCUAUUACUUCUCCACUCUCAGACAUCUGGACCUCUCCAACAACAGUCUGACCACUUUAUCCCGAGCAACCGUACAGACGGCUCCUCUGUUGGAGACCCUGGUGCUGCAGGCCAAUCCCUGGAGUUGUGACUGUCACAUGAACUGGUUUCUCAGCUGGAGUUCAGCUCACCAAGAACUGACGAAAUGUCGAGGGGAUCAGUGUCCGCUGUGCGACUCGCCACCGUCCCUUCAUGGACAAAGCUUGCUGGAGCAGACUGAACUGCAGUGCAACUCUCCAGAAAUCUUCUCGCCCGGCAGAGACUCACCUUCGGAAAGCGACUCCAGCGAGAUCCAGCCGAGCGAUUCCUUCAGAGCACCGCUGGGCACUGCCUUUCUGGGGCUGUCUGAUGAGCAGAGAAACAGUGUUGAUUUAAGAUGCAAUAUCACUCACUCUGCCGGCUCCCAGGACAUUUCCUCUGCUCCAGAUCUAUCACUUUCUUCCUCCUCACCCAUCCCCUUUGCAUUAUCGCUCUCGCUGGAGUGCCCUGUGGAGAGACAGAGCUACGAGAAACUUUGGCGAAUCUUGGCUUACUACAGUGAGACGGCAGUUCAUCUCGAGAGGGAGAUCAUGCUGAGCAAAGCGCCAGAGCUGGCGUAUCGCUACAAGCAGGCCACACAUGCAGGAGGACAGUACAACACAGGAGUGAAAGCAUCGAUCAAAGCCCGGCCGCCGUGGUUACUGCAGUCAGCCAUCGCUCUUCAGCUCAACAGGGCACAGUCUAACGCCAACAGAGUAAAUCUCAUAUACACAACCCGAGUGUCUGCUCGGCCCGACCCCACUGGUUUGACACCCCCAGCUGCGACUCAGCCGUGGGUGCUUAUUUUAACUAACCAAACAAUCAAAUCCCUCGCCGUCGCCACAGGAAGUACGGUUGAACUCCCUUGCCCUCUUCAGAGUUCAGGGAAUGCCAAGGUACACUGGAUUUUUCCAGAUGGGUCGAAAGUAAAUUCGCCCUCCAAUAGUGCAGCUGGUAGGGCCCAGACCACAGCACAUGGUUUGGUUCUACAGAAAGUGCAGCUUUCAAAUGCAGGGAUCUACUACUGUGUCGCUCAGGCUGGGAGAGACGUUGAUGUCCUGCCGUUACGCUUGGCAGUAGCUGAGUCUUCUGUUCCACCUUCAGGAGAACAAGUCGGCUCAUCAGUCUCAGGGAGAGCUGGACAGUCUGUCAGCCUUCCCUGCAAAAGCACAGGUUCUCCCACACCUCACUUGUAUUGGAUGUUACCAGACGGACACAUAGUGUGGAGUGGAUUAGCUGCAUCAGGUGGACUCACCGUACAGUCAAAUGGGAGUCUAACUCUCUCGAAAGCAUCACAAAGAGAUGCUGGUUUUUAUCGCUGCAUUGUGGUCAACCGGUACGGUAGCGACUUCCUCUCCAUGCAAGUGGAAAUAAGCUCACAACAUGCACCAUUGAUUCGAACUUUGCAUCCCCGAGGACCACAGUCGGCUUCAGGCCGCUCCACCAAGAUACAAGCGCCAUUGCUAGUGCAGGAAGGAUCAGGCGAUGAAGCGGAGGAGGAGGAGGGACGCAACUCUGUGGAAAGGACCCAUUCAAGAACACGUCAGCCUCCUCCAAACAGACGUUAUCCAUACAGAAAAACAAUGCGACGCCGACCGGUUAAAGGAAGUUCUCCAAGUAGAGGAGGAGCUGGGAGGGUUCAAUUAAACGGCAGAAACAGAGUCACACCAAAUAAACAAAGAAUUGAUCCCAAAAAAUGGGCUGAUUUACUGGCUAAGAUACGUCAGAAGACCACUGCUCCCAGCCGUCACCACGUCUCAGCAGGAGAGACGACAGCUGAACCUUCAAAGGCAGGAAAAGAAAGAGGAACAAAUGGAAACGAAGUGGAGGAUGACAACAAGGCCAACAUAGAAGAGGGACCUGAAACAGAAGGGUCCUCUCCUGAUGAUGAUUCCCUCAAAGAAGAGGGUCUAGAGCCACCGUUCACUGAACAGACAUCAACACAAAUCGACAUGACAGCCAGCACCGUGGCAGACACAGAGAUAGACAUGAGGUCAACAGAAGCUCCAAGGUAUGAAAGCAAAAAUUCCCAUUUGGAGAACAACAAAGAGUCUCGUGUGGAUCCAGUCACAUCUAAAACCAUUUCAGCAACUAAUGAAAUUCUUCCUGGUCAAGUUGAUGGAGAGCAGGAAGAGACACCCACAGUUUCCAGUCAAAGGCCUCUGCAGCCCCAACCAGGGAUCCUCCCUAAUUUAGUUCCCAAUGGACGGCCUCAGAGCCCCUGGAACUCUCGCAGGAGGUUUGGCCAGCGAAGACGCUUCGGCAACAGGACCAGAGGGCGACCUCUGAACCCACCGCGACCUGUCCCUAACCCUGUGAAUCCUGGAGUGACACAUGACCCUGCAAGAGAUCAAAUGUUGCAGUUGGUGACAACCACCACCUCGUCUCCUGCCCUUUUGUCAACACAUAAUACGGUGGGGACUGUAACAUCCACUCCAAAGGGAGGAAUCAUAAAUCUCCCCACUCCUGCUGCUCCUAACAGGCCACCAAACCCAACUCCUUCACCCUCCUCCCCCAGCUCAUUACCUCCCUCCUAUACAAAGACACGUAUAGACCAGAUGACUCACUCAUUCAGCAUACCAGACACUGCUGAACCCUCUGUCUUUAGCACACAAACACCAACAACCACUCACUCAAACACUGCGACGACACAGGUCCAUAUGUCUGCCACACACACCAAGGCACAUACACGCGGCAUUCCUACAAAAGCACACACAGCUGUUGGGAAACGCGUCGACAGCAGCGACAGCGAAGAUCUGGAGAGCAAUUUGUCUGAAGAAACUUCCACUGCAGAAUCUUCCAGUGCUAGUUAUACUGAAAUGAUUUCACCUACAGUUGACACACAUCCCACAACAACCAGUCCUCCUGUGGCAGCUACAAAUACUGUCCUGAUUCCAACAUACAGUAGCUUCCCUCUCAGCUCCACUGCGGUAACCCCCACCACUAGCAUUUCCACUGCAACCACCUUUUUAGCCACCACACCACUCUUGAGCACAACCACAGAACCCAUGCCAUCAACUCAACCCACUACCAGCCCAACAACUACCGUUCUUACCGCUGAAACAACAGCCGUUACAACAGCAAAACUGACCACUGCAUCCUCUAGAAUGACGCCCAGUGUUGGUCAUGCUGACCCAAGAGGGAAGCCAGUCUCAAGUCCUCCUACGCGGAGUCGACACCCGUUCGACUGGAAGUACCCCGGAGCCAAUUCAAUACCAGAUUCACACAGCAACCGACCACGCUGGCCAGCAUCUCCAUCCCUUCCUGCUGCGCCCGGGUCCACAGUGCUGAGAUUCAGACCCAAGAUUGCAGAUCCUCACAUGCGAACCGUGUCGUUCCCUGCUGAGGGAGUGGCUCUGCUGGACUGUGAAGCUCAGGGAGAGCCCAAACCUUCCAUCACAUGGACCAAGGUGGCGACAGGAGCUGUGAUGUCGAUCCACUCCAGAGCUCAGCGUUUUGAAGUGUUGCCAAACGGCACUCUUGUUAUCCACAAUGUACAGCUGCAGGACCGGGGCACGUACAUCUGCAGUGCACAGAGUUUUCUGGGCCGGGACCGUUUGCUUACGAUGCUGGACGUGUGGACUCGCCCUCCUCGAAUGACGCUGGCCAGCUACAGAGAAGCCGCCAUUCAUCAAGGAGGGGAUCUUCACCUUGAGUGUAAGGCCACUGGUGUUCCAACCCCUCUACUCUCAUGGGUCCUGCCGGAUCGCGCAGUAGUGACCUCCGCCAGCUCCUCCGACAGCCGUAUAGCAAUGGACAAAAACGGAACCCUCCAUAUAUCGUCGACUCUGCCUGGGGACCGAGGGAUCUACCGCUGCGUGGCCUCCAACUCUGCCGGUGCGGCCAGUGCUUCUGUUCGGCUGCACGUGUCGUCGCUGCCCCCGGUGAUUCAGCAACCGAGACAGGAACACCUGGUCCUUCCCUACGGGUCACCACUUUACACUCGCUGCUCUGCUCGCGGGGCCCCGACCCCUACUCUGCGCUGGCGAAUCCCCGAUGGUACUUUUGUUCGCCCCUCGCAGUUUCAUGGCAACCUGUUUGUCCUGCCCAACGGGACCCUGCACAUUCAAAAAGCAACUCCCAAAAACUCUGGCAUCUACGAAUGCACAUCGAGUAACUCAGUCGGAGCGGACAAGAGGACUGUGAGGAUUCAAGUGGAGGAGGAAGUUAAAAGAGCAGCACCAAAGAUCACUGAAAACCACUCUACUCCAGACAGACCUAACCUUCACUAUCCUGUGAAGCCUUCUGGCCCCAAAAUCUUGCAGCCCUCCCCUCAUCCACCCAGAAUCAUGCAGACACCUAAACCCAACACAGUGCCAGCUAACAGAACUUCAUCCUCAAACGUCAACAACACAGUUUCUUUAGUACCAGACAACGCAAGACCCAUUGGCCCCUUCUCUAAAGCCACCAUCGUCUCCACCUCACCCUCUUUCACGACUGUGUUGUACGGGAAGGAUCUGCAGCUCGACUGCUCAGUGACUGGCAACCCAGCCCCUACCAUUAUAUGGAGGACCCCCCACCGGAAACUGGUGGACAUCCACUUCAGUUUCGACAGACGUCUGAAAGUGCAUCUUAACGGCACGCUGUCAGUCCGGCAGGUGACAGAGAAGGAUGUCGGGGACUAUCUCUGCAUCGCACGCAACAAGGUGGCAGAUGACUACCGUCUGCUGCGUGUCUCCGUGGUUACCAAACCUGCCAAGAUAGAGCCCAAGCUGCCGCUCAAUCAGAUGGUGUCGCUGGGCAAACCGCUGAAGGUGGACUGCUUGGCCUCUGGACUUCCUGACCCGGCAGUGCGUUGGAGUCUUCCAGACGGAACCAUGGUGAACAGUGUGCUUGGACCGCAGGACAGAAGUGGGCGGACACGCAGACUCACUGUGUUUGAUAAUGGAACCUUGCUGGUUCCAGCUGUGGGAAUCAGAGAGGAGGGCGAGUACACAUGCUACGCUGAAAAUCAGGGAGGUCAAGACACCAUGAAGGUCAACGUCAAGGUUAUGAUGAUGUCUCCGCCCACUUUCUCUGACGGAAGAAGUUAUCAUACGGUUAAGGUGCAGCAGGGGUCGACAGCUGUCAUCCGUUGCCAGGCGACAGGUGAUCCUAUCCCGACUGUUGUCUGGUACUCUCCCACCCAUCGCGUUGUCCCGCUGCGCAGUGGCACCAGUUUUCACUCCCAGCGAGUCAUGGUGGGUCCCAGUGGAAGUCUGGAGGUGCGACAGGUUCAGAAAAGCGACUCCGGGAACUAUACAUGCAGAGCAACGAAUUCAGCAGGAGGGAGAAACAUGGUGGUGGGCUUGGAGGUGGAGGAUCCUCUUCAUCAGCAAGCAAGCCAGACUGGAGGCAGAAGUUGGAACGGCGCAGGAUCAAGCACUAGAGGAACAAGCCAGUUCGAAUCAACCGGCUACUUUAAGAGUAAUGACAGCAGCGGUAAUGGCGGCGCUGACAACAACGGCAAGAUAAGAAACACGGUACAGAGUAUUAACAGAGCAACAACUGGAACCUUUUAUCCCAGUGAUGGAUUUAAGGGACCAGUCCACAGCAUCACAACACAAGUCGGUGGAGUCAUCAGUGUGGGAGUGCACCCGGGGAAGAAUGUUGGCUUUAAAGCAGACAACACUGGGAUAUAUCAAAAUGUGCCGGGCUCUGUAAACGGUGGGGCUGAUCCCGGCACAGCUGGAGGAGUUCACAGGAAUCAUGUGAGUGGCAAAAGUGACGCUGCUGAUGGCAAGAUUGGGGCCGUUUCUUCAAGUACCGUGGGGCGCAAUUCUGGAGCUGCUGUGGUCGGAGGCCGUGGAACCAGCGGUGGAGCUGAGUACAGUGCCGUCACAAAGGUGAAACAGCAAGCCGUGAGAGGUCAAACCGUACUUUUGCCAUGUCCUUCCCAGGGGUCGCCCCCUCCCAAGCUGUCCUGGCUCCUGCCUGGUAACGGUGUAUUACCAGCUCCUUAUUAUGGUAGUCGGCUGACGGUGCACCGCAAUGGUUCACUAGAGCUGCGGGGUGUUCGGGUAAGUGAUAGUGGGAGCUUGAUAUGCCUCAUAAAAGGUACCACAGGUGAAACAAAGAUACAGGUUGAGCUGGUGGUUAAUGAGCUGCAGGAAGAAACACAAGCUCCAGUGGGUCAAAGUCCAGUGCAGAAGAGUCCAGUUUCUAUCCCUGUCCCAGGUGCUCAGCAUACGUCUUUGGAAACAAGGCAAGACAAGCCUUUGCCCCGAGGUCCGCCGGUGCAGUCCUCCUCCCGUCCAGUCGCUGCACCCCCUGCACCAGAGUCAGUGGUAAGCACAAAAACAGCCGCAUUAGUCAGCAUCUUAAAUGGAGAGACCCUGCGGCUGCCCUGCUCUGGCGCUCACGCACGCAGUUCCAUCACCUGGACUUUGCCCAGCGGCAAGCUGCUGUCCAAGGGCGAGAGAGGCGAGUCAGGCCAACAUUCAAUCCAAGACGACGGUACACUCAUCGUUCAGCACGCAUCCGUCUUCGACCGCGGCACCUACAGCUGCAGAACCACGAGCACGGACUCCGCUGCUGUUUCCAUCGUCACCGUCCCUGUUAUUGUCAUCGCCUACCCCCCACGUAUCACCAUGGGUCCAUCACCCGUGACCUACACACGACCCGGGGUUGCCGUGGAGCUUCCUUGUCGUAGCAUAGCAACACCCAAAGCGACAGUUACUUGGGAGGCACCUGACACAACGCAGCUGAGGGUAAUGAGUCAGGCCCGUAUCUAUGGUAACCGAUACCUCAGCCCUCAGGGCUCCCUGGUGAUCCAGAAUCCAACCAGCAGAGACACAGGGUUCUACAGAUGCACUGCCAAAAAUGUGAUAGGAACGGACACCAAGACAACUUAUCUACAUGUUAUCUAACACGAACAACAAGCGACAAAGACUCCAUUAAUGAACUGAGGAAUAAACUAAAACUGAAAAAAGCCAGUGAUGCCCAAAGGAACUGCAUGAAGCACAGGAAAGACUUCACACGUUCAGCUGACUCUUCUAUUACUGUCUAUCUUAACACUUAGGUGAGCUUCUGCGUGUACAAACUCUGUUCUAUGUGCCAACUGGCUGUGUUAUUAUGAAAAUGUGCUUUGGUUUCCAAAUGUUUAUGACUUAAUUUAAUACAACACUGGUUUUAUUUUCCAUGAAAUAACUUUGGCAACAUGUGCAGAUCAAUAUCUGUUAUCAGAUUCCAUUAUAAUCUGAGGUAAAGUCUACCUCCUCAUCUAAAACUGCGCUGUCUAAAAGUCCUAAAUUCAUAUAAUUGUUGAAUCUACCAUGCAUUGUUGUACCAUAACCAGCCUCCAACAGUUUUGUCCAGAGUUUAGAGUGUGUUAAAAAAAUCAGGAUCUCUUUUUUUUCAUUUUGGUCUUGGUCAUUUUUCUCUCCAUGAACGUGCGACAUAGCACAUGUACAGAUGUCCAGUCAUGUCACCUGUGAGAUCUGUCCAUGUCCUGCUGUUUUGCAUGAAAAAAAGCCAGAAACCAAAAUCUAACAUUUGUCAAGCAGAUACCGA